AUAGCGCGCAUGCGCGGUUGUGGUUUUGCCACGUACAGGUCGCUGUGAAGCGUUUCCGAUCAUCAGUCAGUCAGGCGUCGUUCAGCUAAAGUCCAGGACACACAAGGCUGCUGCUGGGAUUGACACGUCCAAACCACCAGCAGUAUGAAUGGCCAGCUGGACUUGAGUGGGAAGCUGAUCAUUAAAGCUCAGCUGGGCGAUGAUAUCCGCCGUAUCCCCAUCCACAAUGAAGACAUCACCUACGACGAGCUCCUGCUGAUGAUGCAGCGAGUCUUCCGUGGGCAGCUACAGAGCAGCGAUGAAGUUACCAUCAAAUAUAAGGAUGAAGAUGAUGACCAUAUCACCAUCUUUGACAGUUCUGAUUUGUCCUUUGCAAUCCAGUGCAGUAGAAUAUUGAAGCUCACUCUUUUUGUGAAUGGGCAGCCUCGGCCACUGGAGUCGUCUCAGGUGAAACACCUGCGUAGAGAACUGAUCCAUUUGAGGAAUAAAGUCAACAGCCUGCUGGACAGCCUGGAGCCCCCAUCAGAGUCUGUCCCAGAGAGCACCAACCCAGAAACCGAAUGUGUGAAUGAGGCAGUAGAUUCAACAGUGAAGCAGGCCCCUCCAGUCAGUGCUGCUAGCAUGUCUGCAUUUGACCCCCUGAAGAACCAGGAAGUGGUCAACAAGAAUGUCAUUUCUGCAUUUGGCCUGUCUGAGGAACCUGCCCAAGUUCCAGCUGUAGCCGCCACCGCCGCUGCAGAGGAGCGCUCUGCAACUCCAGACAGUAUUGCCUCUUCAUCCUCUGCAGCGCCCCCUUCUGCUGUGGCUCCCCAGGCUCCUCCAGCUUACUCAGGGGUCCAACAACCUCCCUCUGCUACUAUGGAUGGUCAGAUGUAUCAGCAGUAUCAGGCUCCAGGUGGAUACCCUCCAACAGCUGGACCCCAGCAGCAGUACGGGAUGCAGUACCCUGCUGGUUAUACUCCUCAGUCUGGUGUUCCUCAGGCUCCGCCUCCUCAGCAGCAGUUCCAGAAUUACCCCGCCCCUACUUCUCAGGCUGCUGGUGCUCCUGGCUCCGCCCCCUAUGCCCGAAACCGCCCCCCUUUUGGCCAGGGCUACACCCAGCCGGGCCCUGGCUAUCGGUAAAAGGCCUUUAGUGUCCCCACAGCACCUCGCUACAAGUUUUCUCGGUCUCCAACACAUCAGCCCCCAAAAUCUGUGUUUGACAUUCUAAUAUUGUUUGUGUUUGUUUGUGCUUUGCGUGAUUGAAUGAAUGCGUGUGAGAAUGAGACUGUGAGGUUGUAUGUGUGUGUUUGCACACAUGGAAGACCAAAUGGUGUGGGAGUGGACAGCUGUGUGUGUGUGUGUGUGUGUGUGUGUGCAUUUUAUUUUAUCACGGUCUUCUCAUUGGUGUUAUUUUGUCAUAAACCAUGAGUCUGUUUAAACACUAGAAAAUUAUCAUAAUCAAAGUAAGUGAUAUUUGUUUAGUUUUCUUUACUUUUUCCCAAUGUCCUGGUUUUUAUUAACCCCUGACUGGCCCUCUGCAGUGAAGCCUGUCAUUUCUGUAUAAACUGUAACAUUGUUUUCAGGAGGUGAAUAAAGACUUUGAGACUGAA